AUGGAAACCAAAAAAUUCACUCUGAUUUCACUUUUCAUUGCUAUAUCAGUGAUACUAUUAGAUUCCUUUUCUUUUUCAAUUCCGAUUACAUAUUAUAAUAGCGGCGUUGGAACUGUUGGUGGUGUUCGUAUAGGAAAUGAGUCUGCAGGAACACCAUUUUGUUCAACGCUUUAUUUUGAUGAUCGGUGUGGUUCUUCAGGUCCUAAGGAACGAUAA